AUGCUAGCUAAGUAUAAACGUCGUUUCGACCGUUGGUGUUCUUCGACCGUUAAUAGACUUCAGUUUCGCAGAAUGGACGUCGUAGUGAGUCCAUGUCCUAAGUAUUCCUACUCAAUUUCUGCGAGUUGCGAUCGUGGGGACAGAGACACCAUGGAGGAUCGAAUAUGUGUCUAUCGAGGCUUCGCCAAAAAUGGAGCGCUCGAUUUUGUACUGCUUGGGUUGUUCGAUGGUCAUGCCGGAGAGUCAGCUGCACAACGAGCCAAGGAGAUUCUUCCGAUUAAGGUGGAUCGACUUAUUCGGCGCGGUUGGAGUGAGGAAAAAGCUCUACGGCAAGCAUUUCACGAUACAAAUGAACAGAUGCUAGGAGAAAUGAGCACAUGGGCCUCUUGCGGUUCGAUUCCUUCAAGAUCAGGUACCACCGCCUGUGUAGUUCUGCUGCGUCGUGGGCGUUUAUGGACAGCGAAUUGUGGUGAUUCCACCUGUAUUCUGGGUAUCCGCGUAGGAGAGGGCCGCUCUUGGUAUCCAGCCGGUAUUAGAGCCACGUCACCACAUUCACUAAAUGCACGGGAACGGGCACGAGUUGCUCGGGAUGGGGGACAGGUAGCCAUGGAUAGCCGCGGAAAUGCACGGGUGGUUUUCUCGUGGUGCGACCGGCACUGCUGGGCGAGACAAUCUCGCUGCACUCACAAAAAGUCACACUACCCGUGUCUAAACAUCGCCAGAUCUCUCGGAGACUUCUGGUCGUUUUCGAGUGAAACUGGGCGCUACGCUGUCUCUUGCGAUCCCGACAUUCGCUGUUUCUCCCUCGCUGAUGACAAUAUCUUCGCUUGUUGCCUCCAUUCUGAUGGAGUUGCCCUGUCGCCUGCACAUAUUAUGAAAACUGUACAUGCAUUUAAUUUUGAUGAUAAGGAAAAUUUGUUCACAGAAAAUUCUCACAACUACGCCAUGGACGUGAUUGUUCAAAACCGUCAUUUCUUGAGAUCUCGGCAAUACCGUGACAAUGCCGCAGCUAUUGUGGUCACAAUUGCGGAUUGUUCGCUAGCUCGUCAUUCCAUCUGUUGAGGGGUCAUGCACAACGGUCGCCUGCUCUUGCCUAUUUGAAUAGUCAAUUUUCACGUGUAACUUUAUUGUUUAUGCAUUCUGUUCAUUGCGAUGUAUUUCUUCUACGGGAUUUCAUUGUGGAAACAUUUACGGUACAGUGUCAUCGAAUUUCGCAACUUCACUCUGCACACUAGUCGUGCACUUUCUCUCAUUUAAUCAGUUGGAACGCUAAGGUUGUUGAUGCUUUAGCAGAGAUUUAGUACUUUUUGGAGAAGCGGAGUAACAAGCUUGAAAGGAGUAUGUUGCUAAAUAUCGCGUUCAUUCGAACAAACUAGCAAUAUAUUCUUGCUCGUUUGUUUUUCGCUCAGUGAUGGAGA